AUGAAGUCAUAUGAUCGCUCGUAUUCUCGCGGUAAUGUUCCAUAUGGCGGACAUUUCAUGGGAAAUCCUAGAUCUAAUAAUGCUAAAAAAUUAUCAGACAGGCUCUUACCCCAGGGCAAAAAUGAUGCUAAACCAUCCAAUUUUUCUACGAAGGGAAAUUACCAAGACCGCUUUGCACCUGGGCAACCCGUCCUACAAUGCGCCGGUCACAGAGAAGCAAUACCUAUGGAUCCCUCAUUUCAGUAUUCGGCCUACGCCGUCACUUUACAGAAACGUGUGUCACGAGAACAUGAUGUUGUCGUUUUGGCUGUCAAUCCUGCGCUCAAAGCCUACGGUCAAGCGAUUGCACACACGAUAGAAUUGUUCUCAGGAAGGAAGGGUCAGGAUUUCCUCCAAGACUUUUUUGCAGAGCAACAAAGCCAAGGUGCUAAGCCGAGGCAGUUUCAUUAUCGCAGGCCAACAGUUUUUCAAGUUUGUCUUGGCGGUGAAAACUAUGUUGAGCCAUGUAUUAUGGAUUUCAAUGAUAAAGGUUAUCUGUACGCUAUCAUAUGUAAUGAAGCCAACAAACUACAUAACUCUGUUACACUUCGAAUACUUCAUUCAGAUCAAGAACAUCGUAAUAUGUCAACGGUAGAUUCACUGAAUUUACUCUUCAGUGAUUUUUACUCCUACAUCCAUGCAGAGUGUGACUAUUUGGCUACUGGCCCACUACCCCCUUCUACUCCAAUAGUUGAUAACCAUCCACCACCUCUUCCUUCCACGAAGGAAAACCAACAGGUCCCCCCUCCUCAUCAGAUACUUCCUGCUCCUCAACAGCUUCCAGAGGUAAAUAAAUCUCAGCUCGAACCAAAUUCAUCCAAACUCCCAUCCCAGUGCCGACUCUCACCGCCCUCUUUAACAAGGCGUCAUGAAAGUGGUCAGAAUUCUAUUGGGUCACACUCACGAAAGCGCCAUCGCUCUUCCCGUUCGUCAUCACAUUCUUCGUCCAGGUCUGGAGCAAGAGGUUACUCACAUCACUUUGGGCCCCCAAAAUCAUCCCACCACGGUUCCCCAUCCUCUCUUCGUGGUCCACAUCAGAGACAGCCUAAAGAUGAUGUAGAGAUUCCUGUACCUGAUGAUCCAAACUUUUUAGUCCCGAGUAAACGUAUGUCAGCGCUGUUGAAAAUGUUGGCGGAUUCAAGAAUCCUCUCGGCUGCAGAAUUAGAUGAGAUUGCAAAAUUUGUGGCAGAGAGAAAGGCCAGAUUGAAUAGCACUGUGGAGGAACACAUGCCAGUUGGCAAUAUUUCAAAUGACGUUUUGAAGGCUCGUAUUCUUGAAACAAUCUAUAACCAAACUCCCACCCCCGUUUCAAAACCCGGAGAAGGUUUUCCACAAAGUCAGCUACAGUUGCAGCAGCAAUCAAGCCAACUGCAGUUGCCAUUUCAAACACAGCAACUCGGCUUCUCUUCAAGCAAUAGAGCUCUUCUUGAGUCGUCUCAUUCUCCUCCACUACCCUCUCUGUCUAACAUUGGUCCAUUACACUCGUUUGUCUUUUCCGGUCCUACUCCCAUACUCCCCUCUUUUACCUCAAAUGCCACCACCUCUAAUCUCACUUCUAUCCCUACACGUGGCCCUUCACAGCCCCCUUCAUUACUAUCACGACAAAAAUCACUACCAAUGUCUCGUGGGAGUAACAAUAAUAAUAAUCCUAAUAAUACUGUUACCAGUGGCCUUAUAGCAUACACUCGCCUUCUUCGUGAUAUUUUAGAAACUUAUGCCAGAAGUGAGGGACCUUAUAUUCUGGAAAAAAUUCUGAAAGAACAACCGGAGAAGCGUGCUCUACUUCCUUCGAAUUUCGCAUUUCGACUUCCAGAUGUCAUUGAAUAUGUCAUUUCUGAUGAAAAUUACAUCGAACCCUCUUUAGUAAAUUUCGUUGAAAAUGGAGCACUUUAUGCCAUUGUCGCUACGCAAAUGAAUGAGAAAUGUGAGUCAUGCAGUCUUCGUAUUCUUCGCAGUGACAGGCACGAAGAGCACCGUAAUAUGCCCAGACUUCGAGCCAUAGAAUUAAUGGUGGAAGACUAUGCUGAGUGUAUUGUUAAUUUAGCCCUAGAAAAAGAGGAACGUAUUGAGAAUACACCUCCAGAACCCCCUAAAACGCCUCUUUCAAAACCUUCAGAUUCUCUUCACUCACCUGUAUCAACUUAUUCAGAAGUAAUUUUGUCCCCACACAUUCCCGUUUCAGUCUCCUCUCAACUCAAACGCCAACCAGAACCGCCAAUUACGUCUCCAGAGCAAAAGCGAAGGAGGCAUCAUCAUUCGCCAUCAUCUCGAUCGAAUAAACACGGUAGUUCGGCGAAUUUUUCAAAGGAAAGAGUACGUCGUCGCAGACAUUCUUCAUUUCGUAGUGGGCGUGACAUUGUUUAUCAGAGGACAAAAAAAUCGUCUCGACGACAAGAUAAUGUAAAGAAGAUGGAAGAAGCAGACGAAAUUCCCCCGCCUGUUGGCCCUCAUUUUGUCGCACCGUCGAAACACUUAUCAUCUCUCCUGUAUAAGCUGGCUGACUCACGGUUUCUCUCUAGAGGUGAAUUAUAUGAAAUUGAGGCAUUUGUACAUAAACGAAUAAUGAUGUUGACUAAUGGUAGGUUCUAUAGGGUUAUUCUUUCUCUUGAAUAA